GUAGUAGGAUUUGUUUCCCUCGUGUGUUUUGCCAGGAGCUAUGAUGGAGAUUUUGUCUUUGAUGACUCCGAAGCUAUUGUUAACAAUAAGCUGUCACCAAAUGAAGAAGAGGCCUUUUUACAUAGAAAAUAUCGAAGAAGACACAUGGCAAGACUGUAUGUUAAGAAGUUGUAGAAAGCCAUGAUUGACUUGCAGGUGUUUUGUUUGUAGCAUAAUAUUUUGUUUUGUUUUGUUUUGUUUUUUGUUUAUUCGAGACAGGGUUUCUCUGUGUAGCUUUGCACCUUUCCUGGAACUCGCUUUGGAGACCAGGCUGGCCUCGAACUCACAGAGAUCCGCCUGCCUCUGCCUCCCGAGUGCUGGGAUUAAAGGCGUGCGCCACUACCGCCCGGCUGUAGCAUAAUAUUUUAGGGGUUUUUUUUGGUUUUGUUUUUUCAGGGUCUCAUUAUAUUGCUCUGGCUGGCCUGGAACUUGCUAUGUAGGCCAGACUGGCUGCAAACUCAGAGAGCCACCUGCCUCUGCCUCCUGAGUGCUAGGGUUAAAGGUACACACCACCAUGUCUGGGUCUGUCAAUGUUCACUUUUAACUCACAUUUUGUACUUGUAAUUUCCCUCCCUUGAGUUCACCUGCCACCUGUGAAAGGUGACGCCUUAAAAGAAGUGAGUAGCUCUGAACAACUGUGCCACAUCAAAGACUUGCUAGCCACAGAAUAACAAGGAUUCCAACAAGGAUUCACCUUUUUAAGUUGUUAUUUAUUGUGGUGACUUUCUUCACUCCUCUACUUGGGUAUGUGAAGGGUUAGUUCAGAACCUGUGUUGGAAAAUUCCACUGAGCUGGGAAGGUGGAAACCUGGGCUCUGGUGUGUGGAGUGCUCUGAUGAUUACUGUAGUUCUUCCCUGUGUGAGGGGAAGUGGACAGGCGUCUUGUGCCUCUGCUCAGCGUGGUUUGAGCAGUAUUUUCUGUAAUGUCACCUCGUGCCCCUCGCAUUAACUUGCCAGCCCCCCUAAUCUCCUUCCCUGUGGAGUGCACACCUCCACUCCUGAAGCCAUGUCUUCGUGAUGUAAACAGGUGGUUGCUGGGGGAGGGGUGGAUUCUGUUUGCUAGAUGCUUCCUUGUGCUGAGUUGACAUUUUUGCUCCUCAAGACGAUCUCCGAAGCAGUGCUGUUAGAGGAAUUUCAGAUACAAUCUAGUGUUCCCAUAAAUCAUUAGGAAAGAAAAUUGACCUUUCUCUCGCACACUCCGCUUCGUGUAGGCUGUGCCUAAUUAAAUAUUUAGAGCUUCUUUGGUGUUCAUUUCUGUUCGGAAGGAGGGUAAGACGCUGCUGUCACCCUCACAACUGAACAAGCACUUCUGUGGCAAACACAGGGACUUGGGCUCCCACUUCUGUCGCUGAGUUAGCAGAUGGAUCCUGUAAUCUUUGCAAAACAUCCAACUGGCUCAUUGGAUGGAGGAUCUAAAUUUUUAAGGCCACUUAAGCUGGUAGAAGUGAAAAUCACAGUGAGAAUCAAGUGAUCGACUUUGCAUCUGUUCCUCCUCUUGAAGCUUUUCCUUUGAGUCGGCAAGCACUUCAUUCAGUAGCAAGUACUAAAGUCCAUAUUGUAACGUGGAUAUUUAUUCUUUGAGGCCAUCUGUCAUUUAACCAUCUCUUCUGUCUGGGAAAAAUUAUUUUAAAGUGUGUGUGUUGGGGGGGGGUGCCGCACACCACAUGUAUGCAGGUUCCUGAGGUGGCAGAAGAGGCCAUUGAAUCCCCUGGAGCUGGAGGUGCAGGUGGUUGUGAGCCUAAAGUGGAUGCUGAGAACCAAACUCAGGUCCUCUGGGAGAGCAAUAUUCAUUCUUAGCCACUUAGCCAUUUCUUCUGAGUUUGAGCAUCCUUCUGUGCUCAAAAGACCAUUUCUUAGAAAGCUGGUAAUGAUGCAGUUUUUCCUACUAGGUACAUAUACCUGCUGGAGUUAAGGACUCAUCAUGUGAAGAUAUAGAGCAUGAGUAAGAAGGAGUCGUGAACCACCCAACAUGGGUGCUGUGGACUGAACUCAGGUCCUCUGAAAGAGCAGAACAUGCUUUUAACUGCUGAGCCAUCUCUCUAGCCCCCUCUUUUAAUUUUUAUAGCAUUUAGUUUCAUAUUUUAAAUGUAAGAAAAAUGCAUUUAGGCAUGUUUGGUAUACUAUAAGGUUAAAUUAUCUUAGCAGAAAGAUAGAGUUUUGUUUAAUAUUUGUAGCAGGAAUCUUAAAAGUUCUUAUUAAUGAAAUCAAACCUGGUGCUAGUUGUUGGAGUGAAUGCUGGAAGAUCAGAGAAGCAGAACAAGCCACAGCUACCUCACCUUGCCAGUUCCUCAGCUGAUCCUGUUUCCUCAGACUGGAGGCCUCUGAGUCCUCAUCCAGAAUGGGUCUCAGCUGAACUGUAGCUCAAAAGCCUAAAAUUUUAACCAGCCAAAUGCCAAAAGCUUCUAGUUUCUGGUCCUCACACCUUAUAUAUCUUUCUGCUUUCUGCCAUUACUCCCUGGGAUUAAAGGCUCACUUCUUGGGAUUAAAGGUGUGAUGAGUCACCAUGCUUGGCUGUAUCCUUGAACACAUGGAUUUCUGCCUCUGGAAUGCUAGGAUUAAAGGCGUGUGCUACCACUGCCUAACCUCUAUGUUUAAUAUUGUGGCUGUUUUGUCUCUGACCCCAGAUAAGUUUAUUAGGGUGCACAAUAUUUUGGGGAACACAAUACCAUCACAAAUAUUUAGUAAUUUUAUAUUUUAAAAUUGUAUGGAAGGUUUUUUCCCCUGGUUUCACAAUCUGCUUAACUCAUGACCAAAAGUGGAAAUUUUAAGAAUUGUAUUUGCUCAUACUUGUUUAAACUGGAUGUUUUUCUAAUACUUCACCUUAUUUCAUUGGCUGCGAAAGGAUAAUAGUGACCUUAUGUGGCUGAGUGGUCUGUUCUGUCAGCAUGGUUUAAAAACCUUCUCUGUACUUCAGCCCAGGCCUUGUGGAGCUCCAGUCUAGUGACAGAGUAACUAGAGUAACUCGUAGCUAGUGUGCCAGGUGCUAUGGGGACAGAUAUGAGAUGCCCUGGAAUCUACAGAAAUGGCUUGAGAUCUACUUGGGAUGUCAGAGGGCUGAAGAUGACUGCCUAGGGCAGACUCACCUGUGCAAAGCCUCUGGGGAGGGAAGUCAUGGAGUCAGACAGAUGGGUGCGGAGGCCAUGCUGUGGCAGCUGUAAGAGGACAUCAGCUUUGACCCAGGAAGGACCUCCAAUCAGACACACCCCUGGGGGACCUGUGGCAUCAUGACUUCUGGGGCAGUAGACUGAGCAGCAAUACCAGCCACAAGUCCUACCGGCCACUUACUGUCCUGACUUUCAGGAUCAACUACUAUCUGUCAGGAGGCUUCUACCCCGUGGGUUUCCAUGUGGUCAACAUCCUCCUGCAUGGUGGCAUCUCCAUCCUCAUGCUAGACGUCUUCUCGGUACUGUUCGGUGGCCUACAGUACACCAGUAAAGGCCGGAGGGUACACCUUGCCCCCAGAGCGUCCUUGCUGGCGACACUGCUAUUUGCUGUCCAUCCUGUGCACACUGAGUGUGUCGCUGGUGUUGUUGGCCGUGCAGACCUCCUGUGUGCCCUGUUCUUUUUGUUAUCUUUCCUUGGCUACUGUCAAGCAUUUAAAGAAGGUAACAAGGAAGGAACACAUUCUUCCACCUUCUGGGUAUUGCUGAGUAUCUUUCUGGGAGCAGUGGCUAUGCUGUGCAAAGAGCAAGGAAUCACUGUGCUGGGCUUGAAUGCUGUGUUCGAUAUCCUGGUGAUAGGCAAAUUCAACAUCCUGGAAACUGUCCAGAAGGUACUACAUAAGGACAAGUCAUUAGAGAACAUUGGCACACUCAGGAAUGGAGGCCUCCUCUUCCGAAUGACCCUGCUUACCUUCGGAGGCACCGGCAUGCUCUAUGUACGCUGGAAAAUCAUGGGUACAGGUCCACCGGCAUUUACUGAGGUGGACAAUCCAGCCUCCUUUGCAGACAGCAUGUUGGUCAGGGCCAUAAACUAUAAUUACUACUAUUCAUUGAAUGCCUGGCUGCUGCUGUGUCCCUGGUGGCUGUGUUUUGAUUGGUCGAUGGGCUGCAUCCCCCUCAUUAAAUCAGUCGGUGACUGUAGGGUAAUUGCUCUAGCGGCACUUUGGCUCUGCCUAAUUGGCCUGAUAUUCCAAGCUCUGUGCUCUGAAGAUAACUGCAAGAGAAGAAUCCUUACUCUGGGUCUGGGAUUUCUUGUGAUUCCCUUCCUUCCUGCAAGCAAUUUGUUUUUCCGAGUGGGCUUCGUGGUCGCAGAGCGUGUCCUCUACCUCCCCAGCGCUGGGUACUGCAUGCUGCUAACCUUUGGAUUUGGAGCCCUAAGCAGACACACUAAGAAAAAGAAACCAGUUGCCGCUGUUAUCCUGGGCAUUCUCCUCAUCAAUGCACUGAGAUGUGUGGUUCGCAGUGGCGAGUGGCGGAGCGAAGACCGGCUCUUUCGAAGUGCCCUGUCUGUGUGUCCCCUCAAUGCUAAGGGUGUGCAUAAAGACCUCAGCUUCAAGCCAGUUUACUAUGAUAAUCAUCUUUCUCCAGAGCUUUUCUCAAUGCCAUUUAAUGUUCACUACAACAUUGGCAAAAACCUGGCUGACCAAGGCAACCAAACAGCGGCCAUCAGAUAUUACCGGGAAGCAGUCAGACUAAAUCCCAAGUACGUUCAUGCCAUGAAUAACCUUGGGAAUAUCUUAAAAGAAAGGAAUGAGCUCCAGGAAGCAGAAGCGCUGCUGUCAUUGGCUGUUCAAAUUCAGCCAGACUUUGCAGCUGCGUGGAUGAAUUUGGGCAUAGUUCAGAAUAGCCUGAAACGGUUCGAGGCGGCAGAGCAAAGCUACCGGACAGCAAUUAAACACAGGCGGAAAUACCCAGACUGCUACUACAACCUUGGGCGGCUGUAUGCAGAUCUAAAUCGCCAUGUGGAUGCAUUGAAUGCAUGGAGAAAUGCCACCGUACUGAAGCCGGAGCACAGCCUGGCAUGGAACAACAUGAUCAUACUCCUGGACAACACAGGUAAUUUAGCCCAGGCGGAAGCGGUCGGAAGAGAGGCGCUGGAAUUAAUUCCUAAUGAUCACUCUCUUAUGUUCUCCUUGGCAAAUGUGCUGGGAAAAUCCCAGAAAUACAAGGAGUCUGAAGCUUUAUUCCUCAAGGCAAUUAAAGCAAAUCCAAAUGUUGCGAGUUACCAUGGUAAUCUGGCUGUGCUUUAUCAUCGCUGGGGACAUCUCGACUCGGCCAAGAAACACUAUGAGAUCUCCUUGCAGCUUGACCCUGUGGCAGCAGGCACCAGGGAGAAUUACCGUCUUCUGAGAAGAAAGCUCGAACAAAUGCAGAAGAAAGAUGUCUGAUCUUCCUCGUGUUUGAGUUUGUGCGUGUGUACAUGAGACCUCGGUUCAGAUUGUGCGUUUGUGCUUAGCCAUUUCAAGUUCUCAGACACUUUGUUUAUUCUACUGUUAUUUUUUUUCUAUGGAAAACAAAGACCUGCAAAACAAUUAUAGCACCAGCAAUACACUCUUGAAUGCGUGAUAGGAUUUUUGCAUUGAAAUUGUAUUUUUUCAGACUACCCAAAUGUAAUUCUAAAAUUCCAAAAAUGAAGCCUUUUUUUUAACUAAACAGAAAAAGGAGAAAAAAUUACCUUGAGCAACUUUUGCUUAUGUUAAACCUACAUUUGGGGUAUAAUUGUCAUGAUGAGGUGGAGUGACCUAGACAUGGCUGACUCCUACAACUUACUUAAGCACUAAAUGUGUCUGUAUAUUAGCAUGUUUAUUUAAUGACAAGAAAGAGUAAAUUAAGAUUUGGGUGUUUUUUAAGUCUCUUUGCAACAGUAUAAAUUGAAGUUUGUAAGAAAUUAUUUACUUCUUUGUGUUGAACAGGAUAAAUAAUGGAAUGAAGAAGGGAAAUUUUAACAUCUGGUAUAUCUAUUUUUUUUUCUUUCAUAGGAAGGUUUUGACUCCUAUGCUUUUUGGGUGUGUGUGUGUGUUCCAACAUGUAUGAUGUUAGUACACAGGAUAGUAUUUACAAAGUACUGCCAUUGUUGGUAGAGUACCCCUGCUGUGCCUAGGCAAAAGCAGGCAGCCUGACAUCUUGGUUUCUGUCCUGUUCAGUGUUCAGAGGGCUACGUGUCUGUGUACCUUGUGUUUUCAUGUUUUUUGUUGUGAAGUGGGUUUCCAUUUCACAUAGUGUACCUACAGACAUUAGUCUAUCCAGAAAAUGCAAAAAGGUAAAUUUUUUUUACAGAAGAAAUCAAAAUUCUGGAUUGUGUGGUGUUCUUAAAAACUGAGUUGCUUUUCCUGGUCUUAGAUCGCAACAAUUUGUUUACUUAGUUUGUUCUUUAUAUACUGUUGACCUAAUAAUUUAUGCAAUCUCUGUAAUUUCUAUUACAGUAAAACUAUCACACAAACUGG